AACUGAGCUAUCGAAGGGGCGUGGACAACAUAUGGAAUCAUAUGUAUAUAUGGUGAAAUGAUAGUUGACAAUAGACUUUUUUUUUGUUUCAACCGGAUGUUGAUCAGCAUACAGAUUCACCAUCGUCGGUAGUGAGUAGAGAUUUCCGUGUUGUUUGGCGCUUGUAAGAACUGUUGCGAUGUCUGAUAACGGGUCUUUUCAUGUACAACUUACUUGUAUUAUGGAGACGCUGACCACAUCUGCCAUUGCAGAGAUAACAAAGCUAGUCGAUUACAGUUCCGCCCUCCUAUUCUCGGAGAUAUCCCGCCAACGGGGAGAGAACGAGGCGCUUCGGAAAGCAUUGCAAUGUAUGGAAAUCGAGCUCCGGACCGAAAGACCAAAGGCAAACGAGGACGGCAAAUCUGUUGAUCUAUCUUCAGAAGUUCAGCUAUGCGACGAGACCCGGUUAGAAUAUGCAGAGACCGUUGCGUGUGCAGAGAAUCACGACGUGGUGAGUUGCCAGUUGUUUCAGGAUGAGCAGUUGGAUGUCAGUGAUAUUCAUUACGGAGGGGAUACUCGCAUGGAAACUGGAGAAACCAAUGCACCGGAGGUCUUCAAAGUGAAGAAGGAGUGUCCUGAGGUAAAACAGAUAAUUUUCUACCCAGACGCUCAAGGUAAUGUCCAACCAUGGAAGAACGAAGAGGCUAGCCAACCGGAGGAAGGAGGGCAUCUAAGUGGAGAAGUCAAUGGUGUCUUGCCUCCAAGUUAUAAGCACCAGACCCCGGAAGAGCACCAGUCGGAGGCGCACCACAGCUCCACAGCAGAACCCCAGGAAGACGAGACCAACGGGGAGCCGGGUAUUUGGGUCAAGUCCGAGUCAGGUCCGGCGAGCGAAACGGUCCGCUUAACCCCCGCCGCCGCGGAUAACCAGGCGGUGGAACACCUUCCAGGCAGGGACAAGAUCACCUGCUCGUACUGCAACAAACACUUUAACUACCGCAGCCAGCUGAUCAUACACGAGAGGGUCCACACGAGGGAGAGGCCGUUCGUCUGUAAACAGUGCGGCAAGGGCUUCUCCCAGAUCAACAACCUCACGAAACACCAGCUGUCUCACAAGGCCGGUGAGGGGCAGCACAAGUGCAAGGAGUGCGGUAAGGUGUUCCGCCACGCCCAGAGCUUGAGGAAUCAUGGGGCGUCCGUGCACGGCUUUUUCAAGCGGUUGGCCUGCCAGACGUGCGGCAAGACGUUACACACGAAGAACGCCCUGCUGGCACACACCAGCACCCACGAACGGACAUUCAGAUGUGAGAUAUGCGGGAAGUCUUUCGGUACGAAGCAGAUUCUCAAGAGCCACCAGUUCACUCACACAGGGGAGAGGCCGUUUGUCUGCAACUACUGCGGGAAGAGCUUUGCCUUCCUCUGUAACCUUAAAACUCACGAGAGAGUUCACACGGGAGAGAAGCCCUUUGGCUGUGAGCGGUGUGGCAGGCGUUUCACUCAGAAACACGUCCUGGAGAAACACUUGUGUAAAGCCUGAGAAGCCAGUGACAGACAGGGAAACUGCAGCAAACAACCAUCUGUGCUUCCUUUUUCUGACCACAGAAUUUUCCAUGGGCAUGACAUUCCAAUCUCUCUAUACUGUCUAGAAUGUUGUGGUGUGGUUGCCAGUCUGUUUAGCUGUGAUUUACCUCAUAUGUUAUCUACCAUUAGCAGCGCUGUUACACAAAGUAAAAUCCUUGGUAUGUGUACAGUCAAUUGAAAAAUGAAGUGCACCCCUGGAAAAAUUGUCAAAUAUCCAUGUGUCCAAAUAUUAUUCAUAGAAAGAAAAAAACUCCAAGGUGUGUACAUUUUCACAUGACUGUAGAUAUACCUAGAGAAUAUAAGUGAGUAUGGUGGUGGUUGUACUCUGUGCCAUGUGCCAAAGAAAUUGGACUUUAUUCAAACUCAACAUUUAUUCACUCCCAGCAGUAGAAGGAGAGCCGAUAAUAUGGCUUCAGCUUUAAGGUGUCCUCUCAUCUGUAAAUUCUAGUUUCUGUUUUUUCUUUAACGUCAGACUAGCAUAGAAUGUUAGCUCAUUGGACUGGUGCCCAGGCAAACAUGGGGGAGAUUCUUAACGUUAAACCAAGGUUUUUGGAUUGCUUUUGGUGAGGAGACCAAAGUAAUUUUAUACAUGUGACACAGAUUGACCUCAACAUACUUUUCUAAAUUUUUUGUUGACAUUUCUAACAGGUUGAUUACUCCCUCUUUUGGUUCUCUUGCUCUGGACCUUUUUUAUUUAGUACAUUGAUACAUUGAUUUAUUUGCUAUAGCCCUGUUUUCCAAUAAAGUUUGGACGCUGUGUAAAAUGUAAAUAAAAACAGAAUGCAA